AUGUGCGGCCAAGUCCCGGGUCAGAUCAUUCUCGUCCUAGGUGGAAAUGACAACACUGCGGAGUCCGACUUCCUCGUCCUCCCUGACUUUGGUCCCUCUGGGAAUGAUAUCAACGUAAGAAAUCUUCAGGAGGAUGUAGCGCCGGUGCAAAGCUGUUCCAGGACAUCAUUAAUACAGUGCCAGCGGAGGAUUCAACGAGGAGAUGACAGCCCAGAGAGCUGGCACACGAGAGACGAAGUACGCAAUCUUUGGAUCGCGGCGAUGAAUCGACGAUUGACCAUAGACCGUAUGCUGGUGAAUAAGUAUCGGUAUGGUGCUAAGGCACUGAAAAAAGUGAUAGUUCUAUCGACCCGGUUGAAAGGAGCGCUGCUCGACGAGAGAGCCUUACCGGAGGACUGGAUAGAUUAG